AUACAGAUUUUGAAGAUGUCAGAAAGGCAUUCAGGUCAAGCUGGCACUGGAGCAGGAAAUGAGGUGGACUCUCCUAUUGUCAAUGUCAAGUCCUUCACCUUUGGAGACUUUUGUUCCUUAUCUUCAUUUCAAGAUAGUGGCUACAGUGAGCUAAAAUCGUGCAGCUUUGAUAAUACAGAUAAAGAAUUAUUUGGAAAGAAAGAAAGAGGCUCAACAUUAAUCCAUGAACACCCUGAAACUUCAAGUUUAGCCUUAACACAUAGUUUAGAGUCUCCCACUCAAAGAAAGAGAUUUGUCUUCCCCAGAGAGGAAAAGGAUAAAACCCCAGAACUUUGUGAAACUCCUAAAGUCAGUGGAAAAAAAUUUUUACUGCGCAGAAGAUUGGACAUAUCUUUUUCCCUUCUAAAGGGGGACUUUGAAUCACAAAAUAGUUCUCUUGAAAGUAGUACAAGCCAAGUUCCCAAUUUAGAAAAAAAUAUUCCAAGCAGUGAUUCAGGUUUUCCAAGGCAAAAUAAUUUUAGUUCUUUGGUUACUAGCACUUUGAAAACAGAAGAAGUGACUUCCAGCAGUCAAAAACUGAGACUUAAUUUUUCUCAGCAGAAGACAUCCACAGUUGAUGAUUCCAAAGAUAACUGUAGCCUGUUUGAAGUUGAGUGUAUAUCUCCGAUUCAGGGCAACAGUUUUAAAGACUCCAUCACACAUGACUUUAGCGACAGCAGUCUAUGUAUUAACGAUGAGAAUACAUAUCCUGAACUUCUGGGCUCUUCUGUUGGUGGAACAACUUGUGGAACAGAUGAGGACAUAUUUGUGACUCCAAUAAGUAAUCUUGUAGCAAAUGUUAAAUUUAAUGCAAGUCAAAAGCUUUCUCCUUCAGCUGAAGUAAGACGCAAUAUUUCAACACCUGAAGACAGUGGUUUUAACUCACUUUGCUUGGAUAAGUCAGAAGAUCCCCUCUCUGACCAAGAGGGCUCUUUCCAAGAACUGCUUCAGAAACAUAAGGGAACUCUCAAAGUCAGGGACACCAUAAAAAAGUCAAGGCGUCUUGGAAGAUUAAGAAGACUGUCCACCCUUAGGGAGCAAGGCUCACAAUCUGAGGCAGAAGAAGAGCAGACCAACCUCUCUGGCUCUGAAUCAACACCAGCGGCCACUUUAGAUGUCUCAGAGAGUCAGCCGAACAGUGAGAAUAAGAGUGGGGAUUUGAGUUUAAGCUUUAAGAAUUUAUCAAAGACCCCAGCCUUGCAAUUAGUGCAUGAGCUGUUUAUGAAAAGCAAAAGGAAAAGAUUCCAGCAAAGCAGUGCACAUGAAUUGUUAGAAGAAAGGGACGGGGGGAAAAUAGCUAUACUACAGCAUGUACUUGCAGGACUGAUUGGUAAGAAAAUGGGUAUAGGAAAACUGGACAUCUUAACAGAAUUAAAAUAUAGAAAUUUAAAGCAUGUUCUUGCAAUGGUUUUAGAUUCCUUGACUGCAGAAAGCCUAUGCAGUGUUUGGAAAGUGAGCAGAAACUGGCGAGAAAUUAUUAUUCAAGAUAAAAAAGCAUAUCGGAGGAGGAAAUUUCAUAUCACACAACUGAAAACAGAUUCUGAGGGGGCUAUAUUAAAUGUUGAGGAUGCUGCCACUCGGCUUCAUCUUUUAAAUCGAUCAGCUUUAAGAUCUGUGCAAGCACAGGCUAGGACACCAGGUUUUCAGAAAGAACAAGUUUCAACAUUUUCUCCUUGGGGAGAAGUUUUGACACCUAUAGUGAGCCCUUCUGUUACUCACUUAAGUAGUAAACAGGAAGAAUAUGUUAAGGUUGCCAAAACACUUUUUAUUGAUGAAGCAUUAAAACCUUGCCCAAGGUGCCAAUCCCCUGCUAAGUACCAGCCUUAUAAGAAAAGGGGACUAUGUAGCCGCACAGCCUGUGGUUUUGACUUUUGUGUGUUAUGUUUGUGUGCUUAUCAUGGGUCUGAAGAAUGUAGUAGAGGAGCAGCAAAGCCAAGAAAUAGAAAAGAUGCUCUUCCAGGAAGUGCCCAGAGUAAGCAGAAUUUAAAACGCCUCUAA